CAUUACGACAGUCGUUUUACGGCAAACAGCGGAUUGGACCGGAAGCGAAAAACGGAAGAAAAAAUGUUUUGCAGAGAUCUAUUUUGAUCAAUAAUUGAUCCGGUGACCGAUUACAAUCGCCGAUAUCUGAUUGGAGGAGACAUGAGCUUCGCAGCUGCGGAACUUAGAAUCAUAUUCAGCCCUGGCCAAGUGCAGCUUGUUCAGGUAAACGAGCUAUUGGUCGUAACUACUAACGUCAGAAAGGAGGAGGAGGCGUUCCCAGGUGGUCCCAGGGUCCUGGUUACUGGGGCGACGGGGCUUCUGGGUCGUGCAGUCUGCAGGGAGUUUCACAUCAGUGGUUGGUCUGUUGUUGGAACUGGAUAUCGAAGAGCCAGGCCUCAUCUCCUUCGUUGUGACCUAACAGAUGAGGAUGCUAUUCGGGGACUUUUGCAUGAACACCAGCCUGAUGUUAUUGUCCACUGUGCGGCUGAGCGACGCCCCGACGUCGUGGACCGACACACAGAAGCAGCUGUAAACCUCAAUGUGCACGCCACCAGCACUCUUGCCAAAGAGGCAGCUGUAUCUGGAGCGUUGUUCAUAUAUAUCAGCACCGACUAUGUGUUCGAUGGAAGGAAUCCUCCCUACGGAGAAGACGACAGCCCCAACCCUCUGAAUCUUUAUGGACGAAGCAAACUGGAGGGCGAGAGGGAGACACUUCGACAUUGUCCAGGUGCAGUGGUGUUGCGGGUGCCUGUUUUGUUUGGGGAGGUGGAAUCGCUAACAGAAAGUGUGGUGACUAACCUGUGGCUGAAAGUGGAGGCGGCAGAGGGCUGCACCUUGGACCACUGCCGGCAGAGAUUUCCUACAGAUGCUCGGGAUGUUGCUGCUGUUUGCAGGAAAUUAGCAGAAAGGGCAAAAGAGGAUCCAUCUAUUAGAGGAAUCUUCCAUUUUUCAGGUAAAGAGCAGAUGACCAAUUAUGAAAUGGCUCUUGCCAUUGCUCACGCCUUCAACCUUCCAUCCAACCACCUUAUUCCUCUGACAGAGCAGUCACCAGGCUCUGCUCUUCGUCCUGUCAAUGCUCAAUUAAACUGUACACGCCUGGAGUUGCUCAACCUGAGUGUGGAACCGAGGCCAUUCAGCUCGGCCAUCACUGACUGUUUGUGGCCCUUCACACCUGACAAACGCUGGAGACAGACAGUCUUCCAUUGAUAGAUGGGUGGGGAAAAAAAGUUAACAGAAUAUUUCAUCUGCAUUUAGAAUACAUGUGCGUUGGCUAAUUGUCUGCAUUUUGUAUGUGUGCGCAUAUCAGAUAGUUGUGGUAUUGGUAUAGUAACUGUUUGAACUUUAACAGUUUUACUAAAACAGGUUCUUGUGAGGUUAAAACCUUAGGGCAGGGGUGCCCUGGUCCUGGAAAGCUACUGUCUUGCUGUUUUUCAAACUCUCCCUGCUGAUCAGGUUUGUCAGUUGAAGCUACUGAUUGAAUAAACACACCUGGUUAAGGUAAUAAGUAUUAGCUGAGGCAGGGGUAGUUGGAAAUCCAGCAGGACAGUAGCUCUCAAGAACCAGGGUUGGACACCCCUGCCUUGGUUCUAAAUUAUAAUCAAGUCAUCUUAAAACAAAAAACAACGUAUGUUUACAGAAUAACUUUAGCAAAUUUUACACUUUGUUGUUGAGAUUAAUUAAUUAAACCCUUUAAAAAUA